AACUUAAUCGCCACCGCGCUCUCACUCUAGCUCUCGCUCUCAAACACUUCCCUGUCCAUAAAUACCCCCUCUCUCUCUCUUUCGUUUCGAUCCAUCUCCAGUGUAUAAAUAAAUGUUCGGUGGUAGGCUCUUCUAGUGAGUGAGUGGGAGGAAGGAGUGAGUGAGACGACGCCCCACACACGAAACCCUCGUGGCGUUUAGCUUUCCCUUUGUCGUCCUCAGGACAGGCGGUGGUGAGUUCGAGUUCGAUGGGAGGGGGGAUGCUGACGGAGCUGGCGACGGAGAUCCUGAUACCGGCGGCGGCCGCGGUGGGGAUUGGGUUCGCAGCGGUGCAGUGGCUGCUGGUGUCGCGGGUGAGGCUGUCGCCGGAGCGGGCGGGGGCGGCGGGCGGGAGCAAGAACGGGCGCGACGACUACCUUCCCAUCGAGGAGGAGGAGGAGGGCCUCAAUGACCACAACGUCGUCCUCAAGUGCGCCGAGAUCCAGAGCGCCAUCUCCGAAGGAGCUACUUCAUUUCUUUUCACUGAAUACCAGUAUGUUGGAAUCUUUAUGGUUGCUUUUGCCGUACUGAUCUUCCUCUUCCUUGGCUCCGUGGAGGGCUUCAGCACAAAGAGCCAGCCUUGCACCUAUAGCAAGGACAAGUAUUGCAAACCAGCUCUUGCAAAUGCCAUAUUUAGUACUGUGUCCUUCUUGCUUGGUGCAAUCACCUCUGUGGUCUCCGGCUUCCUUGGUAUGAAAAUUGCAACAUAUGCAAAUGCCCGAACAACUCUGGAGGCGAGGAAGGGUGUUGGAAAGGCUUUUAUCACUGCUUUCCGUUCUGGUGCAGUAAUGGGCUUCUUGUUGGCGGCAAACGGGCUCUUGGUGCUUUACAUCGCCAUUAACCUAUUUAAGUUGUACUAUGGUGAUGAUUGGGAAGGUCUUUUUGAGUCUAUUACUGGUUAUGGCCUUGGUGGGUCUUCUAUGGCUCUAUUCGGGAGAGUAGGGGGAGGCAUCUAUACAAAGGCUGCUGACGUGGGUGCUGACCUUGUUGGUAAGGUCGAGAGGAACAUACCUGAAGAUGACCCUCGAAAUCCAGCUGUGAUUGCCGACAAUGUUGGGGACAAUGUUGGGGAUAUUGCUGGGAUGGGGUCGGAUCUCUUUGGCUCCUAUGCUGAAUCUUCCUGUGCUGCCCUUGUUGUUGCAUCUAUUUCUUCUUUUGGAGUCGACCAUGAUUUAACUGCAAUGUUAUACCCCUUACUUAUUAGUUCCGUGGGCAUCAUCGUUUGUUUGAUUACCACCCUCUUUGCAACCGACCUCUUUGAAAUAAAAUCUGUUAAGGAGAUUGAGCCGGCACUCAAACGACAGCUGAUUAUUUCGACUGCUCUGAUGACUGUUGGUAUUGCAUUAGUUAGUUGGCUAGCCCUCCCAUAUAAGUUCACUAUCUUCAAUUUUGGUGCGCAAAAGAAAGUUACAAACUGGCAAUUAUUCUUCUGUGUUGCAAUUGGAUUAUGGGCAGGCCUUGUUAUCGGAUUUGUCACUGAAUAUUUCACUAGCAAUGCGUACAGCCCUGUGCAAGAUGUUGCUGAUUCAUGUAGGACGGGAGCUGCCACGAAUGUCAUUUUCGGGCUUGCUUUAGGAUACAAAUCUGUUAUCAUUCCUAUUUUCGCUAUUGCUGUGAGCAUUUUUGUUAGUUUUAGCUUAGCCGCCAUGUACGGAAUAGCAGUUGCCGCUCUUGGCAUGUUGAGCACCAUUGCCACUGGAUUGGCUAUCGAUGCUUAUGGGCCAAUCAGUGACAAUGCCGGAGGCAUCGCGGAGAUGGCCGGGAUGAGUCACAGAAUUCGUGAGAGAACUGAUGCACUUGAUGCUGCCGGCAACACUGCUGCUGCCAUUGGAAAGGGCUUUGCCAUUGGUUCUGCUGCCUUGGUCUCUCUAGCUCUCUUCGGUGCCUUUGUGAGCCGUGCGCAGAUCUCGACCGUCGAUGUUCUGACUCCUAAAGUCUUCAUCGGUUUAAUCGUCGGCGCCAUGCUGCCUUAUUGGUUCUCGGCCAUGACAAUGAAGAGUGUGGGCAGUGCUGCUCUGAAGAUGGUAGAGGAAGUCCGGCGGCAAUUCAACUCGAUCCCCGGCCUCAUUGAGGGCACCGCGAAGCCCGACUACGCCACCUGCGUCAAAAUCUCUACAGAUGCAUCGAUCAAGGAGAUGAUUCCUCCUGGAGCGCUGGUUAUGCUGACUCCCCUUAUUGUCGGAACCUUCUUCGGUGUAGAAACUCUUUCAGGGGUCCUUGCAGGCUCUCUAGUCUCAGGAGUGCAGAUUGCUAUCUCUGCAUCCAACACCGGUGGAGCGUGGGACAAUGCAAAGAAGUAUAUCGAGGCUGGGGCCUCAGAGCAUGCUAGGUCCCUCGGCCCUAAAGGUUCGGACCCCCACAAAGCUGCCGUGAUCGGCGACACCAUCGGGGACCCGCUUAAGGACACAUCCGGCCCUUCGCUCAACAUCCUCAUCAAGCUUAUGGCUGUUGAGUCGCUGGUGUUCGCGCCUUUCUUUGCCGCUCACGGAGGUCUCCUCUUCAAGAUCUUUUGAGGUGGUGUAAAAGUAAAUGAUCGGAAACAACACCGGAAUCUCCUUUAAGCCUACUCUCUCUUUCUCUAAAUUAUCUACUCCUUUGGUCUCAGCUAUCAUAGAAUAAGUACUUUCGGUCCUUUAGUGCUCAUGCGAGGGCGCGAGCGAUGCUCGCAAGUUUUUCUAUGUAUGAUAACAUCGUCUAUGAUGAUGAUUGUUGUGGAGAAAAGUAGUAAAAUAUGCGAUGAUAAUAUGAUUCGCCGAGUGAUUCUCUCUCUUUCUUAUAUCAUGUAUAAUGUUAUUGCUGAAAUUGAAACCGCAAGCUAGUGGCCUGAUUUUGCUUUUUGUUUA